CCCCACACACACACACACACACACACACACACACACACACACCACUCAGAAACUCUCUUCCCUUUGCAGCAGGGUACUUCUGCUUUCUCCUGCUCUGUGUGUAAGCUGGUUCUUCGGGUCUCUCUCUGGAGCUUCUCGUGCUGGGCUUCUCUGGUCUCUCUGGAGCUUCAUGGCCGCUCAGACAGAGGAGAAAGAGAAGAUGCUCUUCCUCCUGCUGCUCCUCAUUCUCCCCUCCCGUGUCUCUGGAACGCUGGUAUUGAAUGUGGCUCAGAGGUCCUAUCAGGCAGAGGAGAACCAGAACAUCACCCUGGAGUGGACCUUCAGCACCAGAACAGACCCUCCCCUCAGAUCUAUCUAUACCAUCUGUCAGCUGUAUACUGAUGUCAGAACCCACAUCCUGUUUCAUCUCCAUGAAGGCGUUGAAUCCCCAGAGUCUCAGGAUCCACAGUUUGCAGGACGAGUCCAGUGGGACAAAGAGGUCCUCACAGGAGGACGCCUCACACUCCAUGUUUCCAGACUCAGGACCAACGACUCUGGGAUGUAUGUGUGUGAUAUACUGGUCAGACCUGAUGGGAGUAACUCUAGAGGAUGCUGGCUCAACGUCACUGCUGCUGCUGAGCUCCAAACUCAGAGACCACCAGAGAGUCCACAACCCAGAGAGUCCACAACCAGAGAGUUCAACCAGAGAGACUACAACCAGAGAGACAGGGACACAUCUGGACCUACGUUACAGUGGCAGCUGUACUGUCUCUCUGUGUCGCUGUCGCUGUCAAAGUUUGGUUUACGAGAAGAAACAAUGGUGAAGUUGCUCAGACGAUGAGUUCCUUAGAAAUUCAAACCCAGGAACCCUUGUGCUGAACGAGUGUUAUGAAAUAAGUCUGGAUUGGGAACAAGUGUUCUGCUUUUUGCAGUAUUUGCUAUGUAAAAGCUCUGUGCGAUGCUGACUACAUGUUGUAAAGAUAUGAGCAUGGAGGGUGAGAUCUUCACUGAAGGACGCCUCACACUUCAUGUUUCUGACUGAAAUACUCACACUGAUGGGAGAGACUCUGGCUCAACGUCACAGGUGAACACCGACCAGAGAGUCCAGAGACAGGAAGUCGGGGAGGGAUUGGCCUCUACUUCCCUCUGGGACCGACAUUCACAUUUCUGACCGCCUUUUUCUGCAUUUUUCACUAUUUAUAUUUGUUUUACUGUGGCAGUGGGGUGGGGUUACAGUCUGGAGUGAUGGGAGUGGCUCAGUCGGAGGCCAGACAGCUGAUCAGAAUCAGGUGAUGAGUCCCUCGCUAAAAAGCUGGUAACCUGGUUCUGGUCUCUUUGCAGUACGCUGGGUCCUGAGAGGAGCCGCCUCACACAACAGGGUUUACAUUGCUCCCCAUUUCUGUGGUGUUGCAACUUUGUGUGUUGAAUAAACUUUGUUCAUUGCCUCAA